AUGGGCAAAUUCGUUCUCAACUACUGGGACAUAAGCUCCUCUGAUGAAGUGUUGACAAACCCCGACAUUUUUUCUUUCAUCCCAAACGGCUCUGGAAAAGGUUUUUCCGCGAAAGCAAAUUUCCAUCCACUUCCAUGGAAGAGAAUUCCAGCAGAAACGCCUCAUGCUGUCAUUCUCCUCCAUGAAAGUGACUCAAAUUCUCUUUAUUUUUUCCGCUACUGUAAAAGAACUCUCAUGCUCGGAUGCAGACCCAACCAUCUCUUCAAACACUUCCUCCCAUCUUCGACCUCUGAAAUUUCCGACUACCUUAACUGUCACUUCGGUUCCUUCCUCUCCAAUCAAACCUCAGACCUCAAAACUCUCCUCCAAUCCCACGCUUACAUCAUCACAACUGAAGGCGUUGAGUUCAAUUCAGCAACGAUGGUAAUUGUGCUUUCUGCUUGUUCUCAAAUUACGUCUUUGGAGAAAGGAGAGCAGGUUCACAACUACAUCAAGGCGGGUGAGUUUGAGCUUAGUUUACCUCUUGCUACUGCAUUAGUUGAUUUGUAUGCAAAAUGUGGACAGCUCAGAAAAGCAAGAGAGAUAUUUGACUCGCCAAGACAAAAAGAUGAAAUUUGUUGGAAUGUGAUGAUAUCUGGCUAUGGAAUGCAUGGAGAUGCCAAAUCUGCUAUAGAAAUUUUCCAACAGAUGGAGCAGUCAAAUGUCAGACCUAAUGAACUUACUUUUCUUGCUGUUCUCUCUGCGUGUAGUCAUGCAGGGCUUGUCGAAGAAGGGAAGUCUAUGUUUAGUAAAAUGGGAGAUUAUUUUCUAAGACCCUCAUUGAAACACUACACUUGCAUGGUAGAUCUUCUUAGUCGGUCAGGCAAUCUGCAAGAGGCUGAAGCUUUGGUUUUGUCAAUGCCCAUUGCUGCCGAUGGGGGUUUAUGGGGUGCUUUGUUAGGUGCUUGUAAAAUUCACAAUGAUCCUGAGAUGGGCAUAAGAAUAGCAAAACAUGCUAUCGAAUCUGAACCAGAAAAUGAUGGGUACUAUAUACUGAUUUCCAACCUUUAUAGUUCUACAGGGAGGUGGGAAGAGGCAGAAAGGUUUAGAACAAUCAUGAAGGAAAGGGGAGUGAGGAAGACAGCUGGUUGGAGUACAGUGUAA